CAAACAACAGCACUGCAAAAUUGCUUGCUGUUUUGACAACACCAGCCAUGACCACCACAGCGACUGUGACGCGAGUGACAGUGGACGACCUGCAGCAGGCUGUGUCGACGUUUGGCCUGAUGCGGGACGGCGAGCGACACGUGGUCACAUUCUGCCAUCAAGGCUCAAGGCUGUUUGAAGAAGGCGUGCGGUGUGGCCAUGUGCUCACAAGAGUUGAGGCAGGAGAUCCUGUGAAGGCAAAUGAAGCAUCUUUAGGUGUGGAUGUCGCCGUAAUACGUUUCGUGAGCGCAGAGCCAGUGACUCCCGCCCGUCUCAUGGACCAAACCUUUGCGCAGAGGCUCCGAGGCCAUCCUGCGACGCUUGUGUUCCAACACGUGCCCAGGCUACCUCCAGAUGUCAUACGCCGUCGAGACACCGACAUGUGUCUCCUGUUGGCGCAAUGCCUGAGCAACGGGGGCAGCAAUCAAGAAGUGGCAAUUCAACGGCAUUUCAACCAAAAUCUCGACAAGCGCGACGGAUACCACCAAUUGAAGGAGGUUGCCUUCACACGCAAUGCCGCUGAAAGUCACCACUUUACCGUCGCGUUUGGCAGCGACGAUCCACUCAACGGCGAAGACACAACCCCAGUGUACAUCUGCUUCCAGAGCACGCAGACGCUGCAACACGCCAUGACGGACAUGACGGCGUUUGCCCUUCCUCCGAUGAGCGGGGCCAUCGAGGGCCGUGUGCAUGUGGGGUUUCUUCACGUGGCUGAGAAGAUCCCCGUCGAGCCAUUUGUGCGGUUGCUCCAUGGCAGUCCAGGUGACAAAAAGAAGUACCGCUUGGUGUUUUGCGGCCACUCGCUCGGCGGUGCGCUGGCACAGCUGGUGGCGUUGCGCGUGCUGCUUGAGUGCCACCAGCGUGACGACCGCAGAAACGUGCACGUGGUGACGUUUGGCGCACCUCUUGUCGGAGACAGGGCUUUCGCGCAGCAGUUCGAGCGGGAGAUUGGUGGUGCUGACGUGGCUCACAGCAACUGCCGGUUCCACGUGUACAACAACGACAUUGUCCCACGCGUGCUGACGUUGCUCACCCGUGCAUUCAGCUCCCAAGCAGAUGCUCGUACGCGGUCGUCACUUGUCACGGAAGUUCUGAACAAGGCUUUCAACCAACCAGAGACCCACAGCUCGUUCUUCGAUGGCAUCAUGUCCGUCUUCUCGCGAAAUGCGACAGGGAGUCUUUGGGUGACACUUGCAAGCUGUCUUCAUUCCCUUGUGAAGCAAUGUGUGGAGUGCGACUAUUCGCCCUUUGGCACGUACCUGAUUUAUGAGGACUCACAAUGGAAGCCAUACAACAACCCAAAUGAGAUCCACGCCGCUUUGUUCAAGAACGACACACUUCCGCAGCUGAAGGCAGAGCUCCUCAAACAUCACUUUCUGGACCACUAUUGCCAGGGCCACCACUUCAAUCGACACGCAUGGUAUCCGCAACAAACGUCCAAAGUCCCAACGUUCACCCAGCAUCCCGACUUCUCCGCCCCUCGGAAGUUGAUGUUCCAGUCAGACCACUCGAGCACGACGUCGACAGCCAACAGCCAACAGCACCAUCUCACAUUCACUGGCGACGGGUUUGCGUUUGUCACGCACGUGACAAGCUCCCUUGAUGGACAUAGUUGCGAGUUCACGCCAGUGAUUCUUGACGGAGGCAAGCGGCUGGAGGUGACGAUUUCAUGCACGACACAACAGGCAAAGGCCGUGUUUGAUGUGCGACUUUACACCGUAUUCACAGCGCCUGCGAGCACAGUGCCUGUCGAUGUCACUCAACUCUCAAAGUUGCCCUUGUUUGGCAAGCUGGCGCAGGCCGCAAAGCUCUCACGUCACGACGUCAUCAACCAAGCUUUUCUGCUCACCCUGUUCUCAGACGACAAGGAAAAACAAGAAAAGGUGCUUAGAAUUCUGACUGAGCUGGAGGAAGGCGAAGUAACACCGGCUGCGAAGCGGUGGCACGAGAGUGACCAGGACGAGGCUGCAGCGGCCCUGCGCGAAGUCGUUGGCUCCACAAUUUCGAUCGAAGAACUCAAGUACCAGGACGAGCGCACAAAGCCACUGCAGAAGGCGAUUCAAGUCAUGGCCGAACAAGAGGGUGGAGGCCGAGGUUUCGGUGCUUUGACAGACGCAAGCAAGGAGGUGCUUGGGCGGGACGCCACCAACGCGAAGGCUUUUGCGGAUAAAAUGAGGGAUGCAGUGCGCAAGUAUCAAGUGUAUGAUCCACCCGCUGGAGAAACAUAUGCAGACAGGCACGAACAACGGUUGCCGUACAAACGCGCCUCAGAAUGGUUCCGGAGUGACAAGAGCACGUGUGCACAGGAUGCGCUGCGGGCAGUUUCGUGGUCAACACUGGACGUGCUCGCGCGUACGGGGUAUCCAGACAUUGCCGUGAAGAAGGGGCCUGGCAUUAUCGCGCUAACCACUGCCAUCACUAUCGUCAUGGCUGGCCUCGCCGUCUUUUCACUUCUUGGGAUUGUUGCGGGCAUCUAUGACCUGAGUUUGGAGGUUGGCGGCCUUACCAUGCUGACAGGCAGCGUCAGUGCUUUUCUGCUUGCUGGCGUACUUGGCAAAGUUCUCGCAAAACUCAACGAGAAUCAGGCGGAAUACCAGAAGAAUCUUCAGUUAAUGCUUCAACUACUUGGACUAGAUGAGGAAAAGGAUUUGCCGCUGGACCCAACGUACUUUGCUGAGAAGGCCAUUGUGCAAAAGGGGAUUGCGCAGAAGAUGAAAGUGAUUGUGGGCCACAGCAUCGACCCAGCCGCCCUCAUGUCUGCGGAAUUCCGGGCCAAGUAUUUCUCCAAGCUCAAGCAAGGCGAUCCCCUGUACAACGUAACAGACGACGACACAGCGCGCAAGCGGGCGCUGCUGUUCCUCCGCGACGUGUGGCUCAUCUUCCGCCUGCGAAAAGUGCUCGCCGGCACGUUUAUGUUUGGCGUUGUCGGAACCACCAAGACGGGCAAGAGCACGUUCCUCUCUCGGCUCAAAUUCAAGUCCAACCCCGAUUCUGCCGUCAACUCGACGCGCAUUGAGUUCUACAAGUGGCCCGCCGCCCGGCACUUUGUCUUUGUUGAUUUUCCGGGCAGCGACGACGCAACCAAGAAGGUCGAGGAGGCGUUUGCUGCGCACUAUUCGAUCGUCGAUGCCUGCAUCUUCGUCGUUGAGGCAGACAAGCCAAACACCGCACGUGUCAAGGACGCACUCCUGGCAGCUCUCCGACGAGAGGUGCCCAUUUUGCUGUGUUUGAACAAGGCGGACUUGCUGCUCCCGCGCCCUCUUCAGCAACAACAGGAUGAACUGCCGAUUGCUCAGUCACCAGACUCUGCUGCAGCCGAGGUGACCUCUCCAGUGGACGAUGGCGACGAUGAUGAUGAUGAUGACGGAUAUGAUGAUUUCGAGGAGCUUGGCCCUUUGACACCGUUGCGUACACAGGAAGAGCUGCACGAUAUCCUGCGGAAGAAGAUACAGCUGACCCUAGGAGGCGCCAAUCCACACGUGACCAUCGACAAGGAGUCUGGCCUCCACACUGUCGAAGUGCAACGCGCGUCUGAAGACAAGCAGGCGUUCUCAACAUGCCUGACGUGUUUUGCACCGCACCUUGGUCCAGUAGUGAAGCCUUCGGACCUCCAAGAACGCGCCAUCUUCACGCCAAAGGUCGUCUUGGAGCAGUGGCUCUUCCCCACGCUCAAGGCGUGCGAGAUUCCCGUGGAGGAACCAGAGUACAAGGAAAUCCUCGCCUACCUCAGGCGACGAUAG